CCUUGUGGGUUUUAAAGGCAACUGGAAGGAGAAUUAUUUGAAUUAUCUAUUUAUUUAUAUAUAUAUAUAUUUAGCGAGUAUCGUGUUCUUGUUUGUGUGUGUGAGAUUUGUGAAUAAAAAGGCUGCUUGAGUCACUUCUCAAGCCGUUAAACUUCUCUCAAAAAAUAUAAAAAUGUUUUAAAAUAAUCCUGAAAUUCUCGUCGGCGUUGGCUUCCUGAGCGAUGAAGAGUCGGUUCAACUGAUUCAGUUCAUUCAUUCAAACCAUCGAAGUAGGAUAAGCGGCUUUGGUAAUGAUUCUUUAAAUGAACCGAUUCAGAAUCCUCUUCUUGAAUCGUUUGAGUCGUUCUCACUCGGUCAGGGUUGCACGUGUGGGUUGCUUUUCCUGCACGUGUAAUCAGCACGUGUUCACAGACCGUAAAUCCCGACCCCAUGGUAGACACUCGACAGAAAUUUCAUACUAAAGUAUUUUAUAUUUUCUGGGUCUAAACAGAGCAGAAGUAUUGCUAAUGUGUUGUACAGAUUCUGUUGGACUGGUGAACUGUGUGGAUUUGUAUAUUUAACCCAGUUUAAUAUGGCCUGCUUUGUUCAGUCAGAGACAAGUAAAUCUGUUCUAAUGCUCAUUUAUUUUCCAUAGAUAAAACAAAUGUUUGCUUACACAUGAAUACGUACUUUAUGCCUUCAGAAUGGUGGAGAUUUGUCUCUUGACUAUUUUAAAUUUGGUUCUCUUCAACAGGUUGUGUUCGAGUUGUGCAGGCUUGUGUCACCUGACUUAAAGAAGGCAUUGUUUGAAGGGCUUGAUCAGCACCUCCCACGGCUCCUGCAGUUGUACAACACCGAGAGGCAGUGAAAUACCCGAAAUCCAACAUGUGAUGACCCGUAUUGAUCAAGAGACAGGAGCCUGUGGUUUCCUACUCUGAACGCUGUUCGAGCCAUGUCGACUUCAGGAGGCCCCACUCCACCCUUCACCACCCUGUCGGUCACCCACCCAGCCAAUCACAUCACUCCUGUAGAGCUGCACCGACCAGAGAAACGCAACGCCAUGAACUAGGCCUACUGGAGGCACGGAUGCUGAUCACAAAGGAGAGCCUGAUGACCACGAUCGUCCGCACAUUCGAUGAUCACCUGAGACAUCGAGACCAGCAGGGACAAUUUCAGUUUUAACUCUACAGUGCACAAAAGAUAUGUCCUGAUUAGCCGUUCAACAGAGUGGACCGACAAGCUCAGGGAGAAGUUUCUGGAAGGACUUGAUGCUUUCUUGGAGCCGCUCAAGUCCAUGCAGGUAUGGACCCAGUAGUACGCGACGUGGACCAAGACAUAGAGAUGGAACCAUUGUGGGUGACAGCCUUCACAUUGCAGAUGAAGCUCACACACAUUAUCUCAGUGAUGCAAGAGUGGUGUGCCAGUGAUAUGAGGACUCGCUCGAGCUUCACAUGGUGCGGCUGGAACUGGAAAAUGUGGAGAAGCAGAUCCGCGGCCUACUCGACAAGCAGGCCCAGCUGCUGGAGCAACAAACUGCGCUGGAAACAUCUUGUGCCUCUGCCCACAUAUCCAAGGUAAGCACACAGCGUGGUAUUUCCACUCCCAGCCCCUCUACGCCGUGUGUUUCUCUGUGCAGGGACCGUGCACCUAGGACUUUCCCAGCCGUGGUCUCCGUCACGCCGGCGCCAACACACCUCGGGCCUUGGGUGAACCAGCGGCGGAAGGCGCGGGCUGGACCCUCUCCACCUCCGGUGUUCGAGAUUCCAACCAGGAACCGCUUCGCCCCUCUCCGCCAGACCAGACCCAACGCUGUGAUCAUCGGAGACUCCAUUGUGCGGAACGUCCGUGUAGCCUCAUCUAAAGGUAAGGUGCGCACACACUGUUUUUCUGGUGCUUGUGUCCUUCAUGUCGCUGCGCAGGUAUCCGGGAUCCUGAAGAAGGACGAGCGCACUGGAGCGGUUGUGCUGCACGCGGGGACGAACGACACCAGGCUGCGGCAGACGGAGGUUCUGAAGAGGGACUUCUCCAGCCUGAUCGAGACGGUACGAGGCAGAUCACCCACCGCGAAGAUCAUCGUCUCUGGACCUCUUCCCACAUACAGACGUGGAGCAGAAAAGUUCAGUAGACUUCUAGCAUUAAAUGAUUGGUUAGUCUCUUGGUGUAAUGAGCAGAAUCUGGUGUUUGUCAAUAACUGGAAUCUGUUCUGGGAGCGUCCUAGGUUGUUUCGUCCUGAUGGCCUGCACCCCAGCAGCCUUGGAGCGGAACUGCUUUCAGACAACAUUUCCAAGGCGCUACACUCCAAGUGACUGUCUACCGUAAGCACAUCUUCCAA